AUGAGUUCGUUCAUUAGUCGAAAGGCUGUCAAUCGAUUGGGAUGGCCUAAAACUCCUUGCUCGUUCGAAAUUAACGGACUCAAUUCGAUGCAAACGAAACUGAAUCAGGGUAAAAUAAGUUUCUCUACCCAACCUCGUCAUCAGAAGUCAACGGUGUUUCAUUUGGAGGCUAUUAUUACAGAUCGGGUUUGCUCGGAUUUGCCCAGCACCCAAAUAGAUAUUUCUGCUUGGAAUUAUAUUAAAAAUUUGAAGUUACCGGAUCCCAAAUUUAAUUGUAGUCAAUCUGUCGAUUUGUUAAUUGGUUGCAGUAUAUUUUCGAAGGUGUUGUUAGAGGGUAAAAUUGAAGGUAAACCGGGACAACCUGAUGCCCUAAAUACCGUUUUUGGAUAUAUUUUGUUGGGACCAACUAGCACACCUAAUCUUUCAUCAACGUCGCUUGUUUGUCUUUCAAAUGUGGAAAACUCAUUAGAUUCUUGGUUAAGGAAAUUUUGGGAACUGGAGAACAUACCGGAAGAGCCAGUUUCAGAACCGGAAGACGUUCUGUGCGAAACCAUUUAUUAG